GUCCCCAAACCUCCCCUCGAACCAAACCAAAGCAAACCAAAACAAUGCAACUCUCUCUCUCUCUUUCGGGGCUUUGGGGAAGAACUGGAAAUGCUUGGACGUAGAAACCAUCGACAAAGUGGCGAUUCCGGUACGAAAUCGUUCAAAAUCCUCCGGUUAAAUUCUCGUAUUUCUCAAUCUCACUCGUCGCCCUUCUUUUCUCAUACUUGUCCGAUCGAACUGGGUUCCCCUGUCCCAUUUUCUAGGGAUUUUCUCUUCUUCACUUCCAGGGUACAAGCCCUAACCGAGAUCUUUCUUUUGGCGGUCGAUCGUGUCUUAAAAGAGAGCAUUUGUAGAGAAAGAGGGUCCAAAAAUCUGAUUUUGAGGAUGGGUUUGGGAGAUGAGCUAUUGUUUUCUUCUUGGUUUUUUUUUUUUCCCCGGCACUCUGUGAGCUCGGUCUGAGAAAAUUAGGGUUUUGCUGAUGGAACUGAGAUCAUUUUGAGAAGGUGGUAGGAAAAAGGUUGGGAUUUUUACUCAUCAGGAAUGGCCGGUGAUGAGCGUCGGUUGGAUUUGAAUCUCCACCUCGGCCUCCCUCCUUUGCCCCGCCAUCAAAGUCAUGACCUUGGCUCGGACCUCACCCUCAGCCCACUGCCUCUGUCUCCUUCGUCUGCUGAAGAAAUCCGUUCUCUUGCCAGCAUGCCGGAUGCUUUCGAGCAGCCACUUUUCCAAACUAACUACUCCCCAUCCAAUGUCUUGUCCACACCUGAAUUGGUGCCCAUGGAUCCUCUUCGUGCCGCGGCCAGUAGUCCUGCUUUGGAGCACAGACCACACGUGCCAUCUGUGGAACCUGAUGGCACUCCCCGUGCUCCUGCUCAACAAGUUGAACCGGAAACUCAUGCUUCAGAUGCUUCAUACUCUCCACCCCAUGUUCGCGCUCCGGUCGAGCCAGAUCAACCUUUGGCCUCGCAAAUUCCACCACGGCAAAAUGAAGCAGCAGGCUCCAUUAGCCCUUAUCUGACUGCUCGCAUGGGCGAGCUUGUGGCCCAGGAUGAUGGGCGACGAGAGCUCCUUGAAUGUCCGGAGUUCCGUUUUCAGAGGUUGAUCGAAUCAAACAAUCGGUCACGGGGUAGAAGGUUCAGGUUGACCAGUACAUUUGAUAGUGAGAGGUCUGAUUUGCAGACCAGUCCUGACCAGUUGAUGCAUGAUAUAAUGCAUUCACAGAGAACAUUAGAGGCUUCUAAGAAGGAUAAAUUGCAUGCCCAAGGCAAGGCAAUGGAGGAGGAUUCAGAAAAGGAAAAAGUGGAUGAAAAUGCUGCUAACUUUGAGUGCAAUAUUUGCUUUGAAAUGGCCAAGGAACCUGUUGUUACUCCAUGUGGUCAUCUGUUUUGUUGGCCGUGUUUGUAUCAGUGGCUUCAUGCCCAUUCUGUCUAUUCGGAAUGCCCUGUGUGCAAGGGAGAGGUGCUUGAAGUUAACGUGACUCCCAUUUACGGGAGGGGAGGUUCGAAUUCUACUGCCAAGAAGGUAUCUGGAGAAGAUGGGGGCUCGGGAUUGAAAAUACCGCCUCGACCCCUUGCACAUAGAACUGAGAGCUCGAGGCAACAAUUGCAGAGACCAGUUUCAAGAAGAUUGGGAGAAGAAAGUGCCACAUCAUGGAGGCAUAUUAUAGGUGAAGAGGUGCACAAUGUUGUUACCUUCGAAGAAAUUCGGGGCUUAAGCUCGCGGUUUCCAUUCGAUGGUCUACAUGGGCGCGCACUUAUAACUAGGCUACGGCGAUUGAGAAUGCAAAGGGAAGAAGGGAGCGGGUCUAACGUUGUGGGCAUUGACUUGCCUGCUAAUACUGAACCAAACCCUCGAAGUAGUUCUACAAAUUCACUUUCUAGAGAUGGCACUGAUCUUUCACAGCAAUCUCCAUUUGAACAUGCAAGUACUGGCAGGUUGCGUGCUAGGCUGCGAGGGAGGUCUGCCGGUGGUAGAGCAUCCUCAUCUGUAAACCCUCACAGUCCUGAGCCAUUGCAUCACAGGCCUACUAUGCAACCAACACUGACUACGGAGCAGGCAUCUGCUUCAAGCACCAUGGCUGUGAUACAGGGAGAUAUUACUGCUACUGAUGUCUCAGCAGAACCAAGUGGAGCAGGAUCAUCUAGAUCCCUUAGAAGAAGAGGAAGGAGCAGCACCUCUGGUUCUUUGGAUGUGGAUGGAGGAGCAUUUAAUGCACGUAGGAGGAGAAGGCUGAACUAGAGCUAAUAAAGUUGCUAUGUUAGAAAUUUUAAAUCAACUUCAUGUUAUUUUGCUUUUAAUCAGUUAUGAUAUUCCUGGACCUUAUAUGCUGCAUUAUAUUUGUUAAAAUUUGUGCCAUAGUGCUUCGUAUGAACCUUUUAGUUCUUUUGUAAAGUUGUAUUUCUUAAUGUUAGGUCAGAGCAUCUAUUCCAACAUACAUGGAGUCUUCUAAUAAUAAUUAGUUUCUUUAUCAGAAAA